AUGGAUGACCUCAUCGCCAAAUACUCAACUCCUCAGGACGACUUCUUUGACGAAGACGAGAACUCGGUGCACUUCCAGUCGACGAAGCCAUCGCUGGAUCUCAAGUUCUCGCUGCCGCCCAUCUCACAGCCAACUGCUUUCCUCCGUGCUGCAACAGACGACCAUGCAAACCCAGAAUGCCCUAUAAAGAUUGCCCACGGAACCACAACACUCGCAUUCAGGUUCCAGGGUGGUAUCAUUGUCGCCACCGACUCCCGUGCUACAGCUGGAAGCUGGAUCGCAUCGCAGACUGUCAAGAAGGUCAUCGAGAUCAACGACAAGAUGCUCGGAACGAUGGCCGGAGGUGCCGCCGAUUGUCAGUACUGGCUCAACUACCUCGGUAUUGAAUGCCGUCUCCACGAGCUCCGCCAUAAGCGCAGAAUCUCGGUCGCAGCCGCCUCAAAGAUCCUCUCUAACCUUGUAUACUCUUACAAGGGAAUGGGAUUGUCUAUGGGAACCAUGAUGGCCGGUGUGACGGCUCUUGAGGGCCCAGCUCUGUACUAUAUCGAUUCGGACGGCACUCGUCUUUCUGGGAACUUGUUCUGUGUGGGAUCCGGUCAGACCUUUGCCUAUGGUGUGCUGGAUCGGGAGUAUGACUACAACCUUAGUGUUGAGGAUGCAUUGGCGCUGGGUUCUAGAUCCAUUUUGGCCGCUACCCACAGAGAUGCGUACUCUGGUGGUUCGAUAAAUCUGUACCAUGUCAAGGAGGAGGGAUGGACCAAGCACGGUUUCACCGACACCAACCCCGUAUUCUGGAAGACAAAGUUGGAGAAGGGCGAAUUCUCAAACGUGGCGACAGACUUUUAG